CCACACGCCACAUCCCUUGCACUAUUUCCACAAACAAAAGUGGCUCAAAACCAAUCCAACGGACACAAAAAAGAAGGUUUUUUUAACUCCAACUAACUCCACCUAGCACCCCAUCUUCUUCUCUAACUACUACCAUAAGCUUGUGUCUGUGUUGAUCAACAAUGGCUGUUUCAACCUGUUUCUCAGGUGCAAAGUUGGAGGCUUUGCUCCUCAAAUGUUGUUCCAAUGCAACUACCACCACAACCCAUUUGUCAUUUUUUGGCAAAAACAGAAAGACCCUGAACCUCAUUCAUACUCAGAGAGGUUCAAUUCGCUGUGAGGCUUCUUCUGAUGUCUUGGUUGAACCUGUUAAUAAUGCAACUAAUAUCUCUGCUCUUGAACAGCUUAAGACUUCUGCAGCAGACAGGUAUACAAAGGAAAGGAGCAGCAUUGUGGUUAUUGGGCUAAGUGUGCAUACUACACCAGUAGAAAUGCGUGAAAAGCUUGCCAUACCAGAAGCUGAAUGGCCAAGAGCCAUUGGGGAGCUUUGCAGUCUGAAUCAUAUUGAAGAAGCAGCUGUUCUGAGCACCUGCAACCGAAUGGAGAUAUAUGUUGUAGCUCUCUCCCAGCACCGUGGUGUCAAAGAAGUCACUGAAUGGAUGUCAAAAACAAGUGGGCUACCUGUGCAAGAUCUUUGCCAGCAUAGGUUUUUGCUUUACAACAAAGAUGCAACACAGCACAUUUUUGAAGUAUCAGCAGGUCUUGACUCUCUUGUAAUGGGAGAAGGCCAGAUCCUUGCACAGGUCAAGCAAGUUGUCAAAGCUGGACAAGGAGUUAACGGCUUCGGGAGAAACAUCAGUGGUCUAUUCAAGCAUGCAAUCACUGUCGGAAAGAGGGUGAGAACCGAGACCAACAUUGCUGCCGGUGCGGUUUCUGUGAGCUCAGCUGCUGUUGAAUUGGCCCUGAUGAAACUGCCUCAAGCCUCGCACGCCAACGUGAGGAUGUUGAUUAUUGGAGCUGGCAAGAUGGGAAAGCUUGUGAUCAAGCAUUUGGUGGCAAAAGGGAGUAAGAAGAUGGUGGUUGUGAAUAGAACUGAGGAGAAAGUUGCAGCGAUCCGGGAAGAGCUGAAGGAUAUUGAGAUAAUCUACAAACCUCUUUCGGAAAUGCUCACAUGUGUUGGUGAAGCAGAUGUGGUUUUCACCUGUACAGCAUCAGACACCCCAUUGUUCUUCAAAGAUCAUGUCAAGGACCUUCCUUCGGCAACUGAGGAAGUUGGAGGCCAUCGCCUCUUCAUUGAUAUAUCUGUUCCUAGGAAUGUCGGUUCAUGUGUCUCGGAUCUCGAGUCUGCGAGAGUUUACAAUGUCGAUGACCUCAAAGAAGUUGUGGCUGCUAACAAAGAGGAUAGACUGCGAAAAGCAAUGGAAGCUCAGGCAAUCAUUGAUGAGGAGUCAAAACAGUUUGAAGCUUGGAGGGACUCGCUCGAAACUGUUCCUACCAUUAAAAAGUUGAGGGCUUAUGCUGAGAGAAUCAGGGCUGCUGAGCUUGAGAAAUGCCUAGGGAAGAUGGGUGAUGAUAUCUCAAAGAAAACACAGAGAGCAGUGGAUGAUCUUAGCAGGGGGAUAGUGAACAAGAUGCUGCAUGGCCCAAUGCAACACUUGAGGUGUGAUGGGAGUGACAGCAGGACUCUGAGUGAGACCCUUGAGAACAUGCAUGCAUUGAAUAGAAUGUUCAGCCUUGAGACUGAGAUAUCUGUUUUGGAGCAGAAGAUUCGAGCAAAGGUGGAGCAAAAACCAUAGUUUGAUUGAUUACACUCUCAUUUGUUUGUUCUAUUCAGAAAAGAGGAUUGAGACUCAUGUAAUCUUAAGUUGCAUGAUUGAAACAGUAGUAGUCUUGCUGCAAUUGAUUUGUCAUGUUUCAUGGUCUACUUGGCUCAACUCUCAUAUUUGGGCUUUUUAUCCCAAUUGUUGGCUCUGUAGUUUGUAUUAUACAAUAUAGAGGAGUUAAGGCAAGCUUUGUAUUUAUCACAAAUAAUGUAUGUCUAAAAGUUGUCCCUUGUCAAUAAUUUACUGUGUUACUAUUCAAAA